UUGUUUUCAUAAAACUACAUGUCGUGUGCCCUAUAUAUAAAUGGAAACGAGGCAGGGAGAGCGGAGAAUGAAGAUGACGACCUCAAAGUUGGAAGCGAGCACUGUGGACGUUUCGCAGUUCCAGCACACCCCUUUUUACUGUGAGGAGAAUGUGUACUUGCUUUGCAAGGAAUUGAGCAAAAAGGGAAUCGCAGAUGAAAAAAGCUCUGAUCUUUUUGUGGUUUUGAUUUCCAAUGAAAAGAAACAGAUACCAUUGUGGCAUCAAAAGGCGAGCCACCGAGCAGAUGGAGUUGUUCUCUGGGAUUAUCAUGUCAUUUGCGUGCAGAGAAAAGUUGGUGGAGGUGACUCACCCUCACAGCAUUUAGUGUGGGAUUUGGAUUCAACUCUUUCGUUUCCUUGUGCUUUAGCAACUUAUGUCUCCGAAACCAUCCGCCCCACAUUUCAGACCUUCCCUGAAUUCCAGAGGUAUUUCCGGAUCGUGCAUGCCCCAAUAUUCCUUCGUAACUUUGCAUCUGAUAGAAGGCACAUGAAAGAUUCUCUUGGCGAAUGGCUUCAUCAGCCUCCUCUAUAUGAGCCGAUUGUUUCUGAAGAUGGAACUGUACAUAACCUGAAUGACUACCUUGACAUCAGGGCUACAGAUGUUGUGAAGGAGGCAGGUCAUGAUAUGACCGAUCCAGUUUUUACCCAAAAGCUUGGCGUGGUUGUAGGUGAAAAUCAACUGGAGGAAUUCUUUUCCAAAAUUACUUGAUGUAUGGACAUUCUCUUAUCAGCUGCACACAGCAUAUAUAACCAUUCUUUUCUGUUUUCUGGGUUGAGUCUCUUGUAGAAUCACAUGUUGGGGCAGUUCAUUCCAGUAGUGUUUCUGAGAAAUGAAAUAUUACUUCAAUAUUUAAAGACAGUGGAUUUUCGAUUUCAAUGAUUGGAGAGUUUUUGUUCACUGCUCCUGCUUUCACCAUCUUCUUGUCCUGAAAAGAUAUGUGAGCUCAAAUUAGAUAUUAUUGAGUGGUAUUGUAUAAUUGGUUCUUGCAGUGAUUUGGUAUAAAAUUGGUUCUUGAUUUGUGA